AUGGCCGGCCAACAAGAGCCCGAGAAGGCGGCUGAAAGGGGCAACAACGACCACCUCGUCACCUCGGACAGCCAUGCCCACCCAGCAAAUCUGAUUCCUUCGCUAUGCGCCAAGUUCUGGACCCUGGGCUGGGUCACGGGAACAGGGGGAGGAUGUUCGAUCCGCGACGGUGACCUCGUGUACAUCGCGCCCUCAGGCGUGCAGAAGGAGCUGAUGCAGCACUCGGACAUCUACGUGCUUUCGCUCGCCGCGCAGGCCGACCUCAAAAACCGGACGUACCUGCGGUCGCCGCCGAGCCUCAAGCCCUCGCAGUGCACGCCGCUGUUCCUGGCGGCCUUCACGCGCCGCGGCGCCGGCUGCUGCAUCCACACGCACUCGCAGUGGGCCGUGCUGGUGACGCUGCUGCUCGAGACACAAACCCCCAAAAAUGACCGGCUGUUCGAGAUCAACAACAUCGAGCAGAUCAAGGGCUUCGGCCGGGGCUUCCAGAUGCAGGGGAACCUGGGCUACCAUGACACCCUGCGUAUACCCGUCAUCGAGAACACGGCCCAUGAGGAGGACCUGACCGAGUUCCUGGAGGAGGCUAUGGAUAAGUAUCCGGAUACGUAUGCCGUGCUGGUUCGCAGACAUGGUGUGUAUGUCUGGGGCGACAAUGUGCACAAGGCGAAGACCAUGUGUGAGAGUCUCGACUAUCUCUUCCAGCUGGCAGUCGAGAUGAAGAAGCUUGGCUUACCAUGGAUAAGUGACGUCCCGGAGACACUGCCAGCCCCAAAGACCGCAGCCCCGGCGAGCAAAAACUAA